GGAGGGUCCAUGUGCACACAAUGACGUCUCUACGCAAGUCUGUCUGAGUCCUCCGCUGUUUGUAUUAGUCUUCAGUUGGGCGCUUUCAACAAUCUAGUAGCAAUGUGCACGUAAACAGAAAACAAACGACAGGACGUUUCGGUGAAGUCGCUGUUGACUGCUGUACGCGUACAAUGCGUUGUAGUUAAGGAUCUCGCGUCAUGAGCGCGGCAGUGAGCUGUGCGUUCAGCUGUCACAACUGAAACUAGUAGGCUACAUGCAAGCAGUCGCAACACUGGGAAUACUUCUAAACACAACUUAACGGCACGGUUUAGUGUCAUUUGCUCCGUUCUGUCCAUUGGAUUACUAGUGACCAGCAGUAGAGUUAACUGUCACAAUUGGAUGUCGUAAUUACGGUUUAUCAAAUGAUCCAGGUAUGGAGACUAAAAGAUACCAAAGUUACUGCGAAGGGGCAAAUGCAGAAAACAAAUGGGCACAAAUGCCGAACACCAUGGAGUAUUGCUGUUCUGCAGAAGAGAAUUUGACAAACAGUGACAUGCUCAUGGAUAUUGUUAACUCGAGCAACGCCCCUAACAUGCCGUCUGUCUGCAAGGACAGCAACUUUAAAACUACAGAGACAACAAUGCUUAGAGUUAACCAGAAUCAACCAUUACCUUUUUCCUCCUUCAACUCCUUACACAACCGCAAGUCAGAAACAGACUCAAAGGAGCUCUCCAAAACGGUUGCUGAGUCUAUGGGCUUGUACAUGAAUGCUGCAAGGGAAGCAGACUUUGGCUUUGCCCAACAAGGGACUGCAAGAGGGCAGGGUAGCCCACAGAAACGGUAUCCUCUUUGUGGGAGAGCAAAUGAAGACAGCCAGUCCAGAACGACUGGGAGCCCAAAGAUUAAAGCUCCCCCAGCUUCAUUCCCACCUGGGGCCCAGCUACCCAAUGGUGGCCCUCAGGAGUGUGCUGUGGUCUCUGCCUCAGUGCCCUCUGCACUGGCCACCACUCUUUCAUGCAGCACUGAAGGGUCUGGGCCCAUGUCUAGUCCUACCGGACACAACAUGGUGUCAUCAACUACCAGCCCCACCUUCUUUGACUCUGAUUGUCCGUCGCUGGCUUCUGCCCCCACCAACUUGAUCCAGGGUCAACACACCAGCCCUAACACCUGUAGCCCUGUAAAGUCCAGCAUGGUGGGGUCACCUCCACUGGCUAGUCCGCUCAGUGUAAUGAAGUCUCCAGUUUCCAGCCCUCAUAGUAUAGGUAGUGUGUGCUCGCCGCUUUCCUGUAACACCAACAUGAGAUCAUCCGUCUCAAGCCCAACAACAAAUGGAGGCCAUACCUGUAACAUUAGACCAUCCAUCUCCAGUCCGCCCACCGUUGGCAGCAUGACCAUGUCCAGUCCCAGGAACUCAUCCAGGGGCUUCUCGGUCUGUAGCCCUCCCAGUGGAUUGGGCCUAGUGCAAAAUGAUGUCAACAGCCCUGAGAGCCGAGAGCAUGACUUCAAGGGAUUUGAGUUCCCGAAGGUAGAGAAUGUGGAUGGGGAAAUAUUUAACAUCGGCUUGGAUGCUAUGGGAGUGGCCAAAUAUAUCAAAAACGAACCUGGCACUGAUUACAGGAGUAUGUGCUUAGGCAGCAGCAAGAGUGCCAUGCCACAUUCUCCUUUCGUAACUGACAUUAAAACAGAGCCAAACAGAGAGGUGACAUGUUCGAACCUUCAGUUUGUGGAGCCGCAGCACUCUCUAGGCUGCUUUCCUUCUACAGGGACAACAUACUUGUCUUUGAGGGAUAAUAUUGAGUGA